AAGGAAAGGAUAAAUGGAGCAGCAAGAAUGUUAGUCGCAGUGCGGACGGACAUCAUUCAGACCGACAGGAGGGUGGAACGUCGACGGCAACGCAGAGCCCGCACCGCAUGCAACGCACACAAGGAGAGCGGGCAGCGCACCGAAGGUCGAGAGUGUCACCCAGCGCAGAAAGUGAGUUCCGCACAACGCAGAGAGGGAGGUCGGCAUAACUCAGAGAACGAGGUCUGCAUAACGAAGAGAGGAAGGUGAGUAGCAACAGCUUGAGGGGCAGACUAGGCAGGCAGGCAGCCAGCCAGCCAGCUAUGGCGCGUGUUACGGCCUUGUUUGUGACCACUCUUCUGCUCUGCCUUGAUUCUUUCGUCUUCGGUGACCCGGCGAUCGCCGGCGACUUCGAAUUGGUGGGGAGGAAUGCGACGGCUGCGGACUUCGUCUUCACAGGCCUGCGCAAUGUCCCGUCGGCGGGACCAGGUCUCGGUUUCACGGCGGUUCCAGUUAACUUCCGGUCUAUGCCGAUCCUCAGAGGCCAGGGGAUCUCGUACACGUACUACAAGUACGCGCCUUGCGGGCAGAACCCGCCUCACCUUCAUCCACGUGCCGCGGAGCUGCUCUAUGUUAUCAAGGGCAAUUUGACCGUUGGCCUAGUGGACAGCAGCGAGAACUUGUACGUAAACGAUCUGAAGGCAGGAGAUGUCGCCGUCUUCCCGCGCGGCUUAGUGCACUGGCAACAGAACCUGAGCAAGGAAGAGACCAUCGCCAUCCUGGCCUUCACUGAUUCCAAUCCGGGAGUCGUGGCAGUUAAUCGCGCGUUGUUCAGCUCUAAGGUGAACGUACCGGACUAUGUUUUGCAGACUGCGUUCGGUUUGUCGAAGGGUGAUGUGGGCAAGAUCAAAGCCAGUACGCCGCUGGGAGCGCCGCUCGGGAAGUGCAUUAACGAGUGUGGCGGUUGUUAUUGAUAUUGACCAACCUUUUUAGGGUUUGGCGAAACGAGAGGAAAGGAAAUAACACCCUAUGUUCCUUUUCGUGCCCUUGUGCCCUUUUCUUUCUUUUAUUUUUGCCGUUGGUAUCUCAUUCAUACGUUAUGUUACGUCGUGUUUAUCGGUAUUUGCUCGCCUCCCUUCAUAAGCUUUGAAAUGUUCACCCACUUUCGAUUUUCGAACCUACUUCAUAAAUGAACACUUCCACUUUUAGAAAGGAGUUUUCUUGCCCUUGUUUGUGUCAGUCGAGUGCUAUGUUUAAACCGCUUAUGACACACGUUUAAUUUCCCCACUGCCCCCCUCUCUCUCUCUCUCUCUCUCUCUCUCUCUGUCUCUCUCUCUCUCUCUCUCUCUCUCUCUCUCUCUCUCUCUCUGUCUCUCUCUCUCUCUCUCUCUCUCUCUCCAUAUUCCUACAAAUAGAGCGAAAGAAAGAGCUGGGUCAAUCCAAGUACCCUGCCCACAUGAAUCAAUCUCAUAUCCGUUC